AUGGUUCAACCUACCUACACUGGGUUCGUGGAGACUCGUGAUGACGCGAUGAUACUGAUCAUGGCUUGUCUUCGAGGCGACUUGAAGCUCGUCCACAAGCGACCUUCCUGGAAAGAACGGCCUUCCUUGUUGCACAGCGGACACAUUUACAUCUACGAAGAGACAGCGACCGGCAUUCGACGUUGGAUGGACGGCGGACUCUGGACCCCGACUCGCGUCAUGCGCGAGUUCGUCAUCUACGGAGAACGAGCAGAUCGAAAUCGACUUUACCCGGAACGAAAAGAUCCCAGUCUCCGAGCUCAACCGCACCAGGGCUUCGAGGUUGUCAACGAUAAGGGGGUCUCAGAAACCAUAUCGCCAGGGUGGGAGGCACGGCUUUAUGGGUCUUUGCGAAGAUCUUUCAACAUCAAGUCCAAUGGCCUGAUCAGGAAGAGCAUCAGCAUCAAGGAGGAUGUCAACCCCAGGACGCCUCGCCUCUCCGUCCCUAUUUGGCAUCUGGUGUCUUACUACCGGCCUGUUGAUGUUGUGCAAGGUCGUUUGAGGACUCCUUCGAUGGACGAGAGCCUCACUCCGCAACCCUUAACCCUAUCCUUGCCACCAAUGCGCCAGUACCGCAACAUUUCCGAUUCGCAGGUCACCGAGCCAGACAGUCAGCCAGACACGCCCGCGCCGCCGACAGAGUUCAGACAAUCUUACGAUCCACACACCGGCUCUCUCCGCUGGGAUCCGAUCCCACCACCUGUACCUUUCGGAUGGCACCGGUAUCCUGUCGUGCCUGUCCGGAUCCAGUGA